UGCACUGGUAUGACUGGGAGUACCUAUGAGAAGGUGCGAGUUUCAGUCUCGACGCACUCGAAAUGAUCUGAAAGAAUAAAAACGCUAAAAUGGAUCAAAGCCAGAGACCACUAGCAGCAUCAUCAGCUACUUCUCGGGCUUACCAGUUCCACCCGGCCCGAUCCGCUAUUCUCGACCUCUUCAACAUCUACUUAGGAAGAAGUAGCCGCCAGAAGCACGAGGAGUCCGUGCGUGAACCUCCGAACAAGACACAGAAGCGUGUGGUUGCUCUUAACAGAGAGCUUCCUCCUCGAAACGAACAGUUCCUUUUAGAUUUUGAGCAGCUACAAAACCAGUUUGCUGAUCAGGAUCAAGUGCGUGCUGUGACAGAAUCUGUUCUCAUUUCUCUAGUUGUGCAGUGUUGUAGUCAUGUACCACGAGCAGAAUUUCUUCUCUUUGCAUUACGGAGCUUGUGUUCUAUUGGUUACAUUAACUGGGAUAGUUUUUUGCCAUCUCUUCUCUCUUCUGUAUCAUCUGCAGAAAUGUCAGUGGGUCAGGGCAGUCAAGCAAUGCCUGCAGUUUCAUCCACAAGUUUAUCACAAUCUGGGAUGUUGCAAACUUCAGGUGUAAUUCCCGAUUCUUCCAAUUUUCAACCUUCUAAUCCUGCAUCUCCAUUGCCUUCAGUUCAUGGUAUCGGGUCCCCCGCCCAGUCAGCAAUAGAACCAUCAACUUGUGCUCCUAUGUCUCCGGUAAAAUCUUCUGAUGCAUCCUACAGUGGACAACAAUUUACAACAAGGGCAAAUUCUACUAUAAGGGAUAAUGCUAUAAGCUGUUUACGUCAGCUAUGUUGCAAGAUUAUUCUAGCUGGUCUUGAGUUCAACCUGAAACCAGUUACUCAUGCAGAGAUUUUUUACCAUAUGAUAAAUUGGCUAGUCAAUUGGGAUCAAAGACUGCAGGGUGUUGAUGAAUCUGAUGCAAAAUCCUGGAGACCAGACAAGGCUCUAAUUGAAUGGUUACAUAGUUGUUUGGAUGUGAUUUGGCUAUUGGUUGAUGAGGACAGAUGCCGGGUACCCUUUUAUGAAUUACUACGUAGUGGCUUGCAGUUUAUAGAUAAUAUUCCAGAUGAUGAAGCCUUAUUUACACUUAUCUUGGAGAUUCAUAGGAGGCGAGAUACGAUGGCUACACAUAUGCAGAUGUUAGAUCAACACCUUCAUUGCCCUACAUUUGGGACCCAUCGGAUUCUCUCUCAGACCACUCCUAAUAUAUCAGUUGAAGUGGUGGCUAAUCUGCGCUAUUCGCCAAUCACAUAUCCAAGUGUUCUAGGAGAACCAUUGCACGGAGAGGAACUUGCCAACUCUAUUCAGAGGGGAAGUUUGGACUGGGAGAGAGCUAUGCGUUGUAUAAGGCAUGCUAUUCGCACUACUCCAUCACCUGACUGGUGGAAGCGUGUGCUUCUUGUGGCUCCUUCCUAUAGGAAUCCCGCGCAAGGACCUACUCCUGGUGCUGUUUUUACUUCUGAGAUGAUUUGUGAGGCGGUUAUUGAUAGAAUUGCUGAACUAUUGAAGUUAACCAAUUCAGAAAUAAAUUGCUGGCAGGAAUGGCUUGUCUUCUCAGAUAUAUUCUUUUUUCUCAUGAAAAGUGGGUGCGUUGAUUUUGUUGAUUUUGUUGACAAGCUAGUUUCACGCCUUACAGAAGGUGAUAACCACAUUCUUCGAACGAACCAUGUUACUUGGCUGCUCGCACAGAUUAUUAGGGUUGAGCUUGUGAUGAAUGCUUUGAAUCAAGAUGCUAGAAAGGUGGAGACAACGAGAAAGAUUCUAUCACUUCAUAGAGAAGAUAGAUGUUCUGAUCCUAAUAACCCCCAAAAUAUCUUGCUUGAUUUUAUAAGCAGUUCUCAAAACUUACGUAUUUGGUCAUUGAACCAAUCAACACGAGAAUAUUUGAACAAUGAGCAACUUCAGAAGGGAAAGCAAAUAGAUGAAUGGUGGAGGCAAGUGGGCAAAGGGGAUCGUAUGAUAGAUUAUAUGAAUAUGGAUGAUAGAUCAAUUGGGAUGUUUUGGGUUGUUACAUACACCAUGGCACAACCAGCUUGUGAAACAGUUAUGAAUUGGUUAUCCUCUGCUGGAGUUACAGAAUGGACAGGAUCAAAUCUACAACCCAAUGAAAGGUUAAUGGUGACGCGGGAAGUCAGCCCUUUGCCUAUGUCACUGUUAUCUGGCUUUUCACUAAACUUGUGUUUGAAGUUGGCCUACCAAAUGGAAGAAGCUUUAUUUGGUGGACAGGUUGUGCCUAGCAUUGCAAUGGUUGAAACUUAUACUAGACUGCUGUUGCAUGCACCUCACUCUCUGUUUCGUUCACACUUCAGUCAUUUGGCACAGAGGAAUCCUUCCUUAUUGAGCAAGCCAGGGGUCACUCUUUUGGUGCUUGAAAUUGUCAACUACCGGUUGCUGCCACUCUAUAGGUAUCAAGGAAAAAGCAAGCCAUUGAUGUAUGAUGUUACGAAAAUAAUUUCUGCCUUGAAAGCAAAGCGUGGAGAUCAUCGUGUAUUUAGAUUGGCUGAAAAUUUAUGCAUAAACCUUAUUUUGUCAUUGAGAGAUUUUUUCUCUGUGAAAAGAGAAGGAAAGGGUCCUACUGAAUUUACGGAGACUUUGAAUAGAAUAACUAUAAUUACUCUUGCCAUCACCAUAAAAACUCGCGGAAUUGCAGAUGCUGAUCACUUACUUUAUCUCCAAACCAUGUUAGAACAAAUAAUGGCAACUAGUCAACAUACAUGGUCAGAAAAAACUUUGCGGUAUUUUCCGUCUCUUCUACGUGAUGCCUUGAAUGGGCGGAUAGAUAAAAGGGGUCUGGCAAUGCAAGCGUGGCAACAGGCAGAAGCAACUGUUAUUAACCAAUGCACCAAUCUCCUGUCACCAUCUGCUGAUCCUACUUAUGUUAUGACGUAUAUCGGUCAUAGUUUUCCUCAACACCGUCAAUACUUAUGUGCCGGUGCAUGGAUACUGAUGAUGCAGGGGCACCCUGAAAGCAUUAACAGUGCAAACCUGUUGCGUGUACUGAGAGAAUUUUGCCCGGAAGAAGUGACAGCAAAUAUCUACACAAUGGUGGAUGUUCUACUACAUCACAUUCAUUCGGAACUUCAGCGUGGACAUUUAUUGCAGGAGCUGUUGUUGAAAACUUGUGCAAACCUUUCAUUUUUUGUGUGGACCCAUGAGUUGCUUCCUCUGGAUAUCUUACUUCUAGCACUCAUUGACCGUGAUGAUGAUCCUCAUGCCUUGCCUAUUGUGAUUAGUUUACUUGAUAGGCAAGAACUGCAACAAAGAGUGAGUUUAUUUCUAGGUCGUGGGUGUCCUGAGCAUUGGCUUUACUCUGGAAUGUUUAAACGUGUUGAAUUGCAAAAGGCCCUCGGGAAUCAUCUCUCAUGGAAGGACAGAUACCCUACAUUCUUCGAUGAUCUUGCUGCACGUUUGCUUCCUGUCAUCCCCUUAAUUGUGUAUAGACUCAUUGAAAAUGAUGCCAUGGAUCCAGCUGAAAGAGUUCUGGCUACGUAUUCCAAAUUUCUGGCUUUCCAUCCUCUUAGAUUCACAUUUGUUCGUGAUAUACUUGCAUAUUUCUAUGGACAUUUACCUGCAAAGCUUAUUUUGAGAAUAUUGCAUGUGCUUGAUCGAGCAAAGAUUCCUUUUUCUGAGUCAUUUCCACAGAUUAUUAGUUCACCAAAUCCUGCCAUAUUGCCACCCUUGGACUAUUUUGCAACUCUCUUAUUGGGUCUUGUGAAUAAUGUUAUACCUACAUUAAGUAGCAACUCUAAAUGUGGGUCAAUGGGAGAUGCUUCGAUGCGUGCUACUCAUAACAAGACUCCAACGGCAUCUCACUCUGGACCAACAAAUGCUUCUGAGGGUCAAAAAGCAUUUUAUCAAAUUCAGGAUCCUGGAACAUAUACUCAGCUGGUUCUGGAAACAGCAGUCAUUGAGAUACUUUCACUUCCCGUGCCUGCAGUCCAGAUUGUAUCAGCCUUAGUUCAAAUUAUUGUUAAUAUACAACCAACACUAAUUCAAAACAGCAAUGGUCCGCAUGGAGCUUCAAAUAGUAUGGGGCCAGGUUCGGCUUUACCAACAUCUCCUUCGGGGGGUAGUACAGAUUCCUUAGGUGCAAGCAGAUCAACUCCAUCAUCUUCAGGAGUCAACACCUCCAGCUUUGUUUCCAGAAGUGGUUAUACAUGCCAACAACUGUCUUGCUUAUUGAUCCAAGCUUGUGGUCUCCUAUUGGCACAGCUUCCUCAAGAAUUUCACUUACAACUUUAUAUGGAGGCUUCCCGUGUUAUAAAAGACUGUUGGUGGCUCACUGAUGGGAAAAGGUCACUGGUCGAACUGGACUCUGCUGUUGGCUAUGCUUUGCUGGAUCCAACAUGGGCUGCUCAAGACAAUACCUCAACAGGCAUUGGUAACAUAGUUGCAUUGCUUCAUGCUUUCUUCAGUAAUCUCCCACAAGAAUGGCUAGAAGGGACACAUGUUAUCAUUAAACAUCUCAGGCCAGUAACAUCAGUAGCGAUGUUAAGAAUAGCAUUCCGUAUAAUGGGUCCAUUGCUCCCAAGACUGGCCAAUGCCCACACACUCUUCAACAAGACUCUUGUAUUGCUUAUAAACACAAUGACGGAUGUUUUUGGAAAGAACUCACAACUAUCAACUCCUGUUGAAGCGUCGGAAAUAGCAGAUCUCAUUGACUUCCUCCAUCAUGUUGUCCAUUACGAAGGACAGGGAGGACCUGUGCAGUCCAACAGCAAGCCUAGACCAGAGGUUUUGACACUUUGCGGUAAAGCAGCAGAAAACUUACGUCCUGAUGUACAACACCUUCUCUCCCAUUUGAAACCUGAUAUAAAUUCUUCAAUAUAUGCUGCAACUCAUCCGAAGCUGGUUCAGCAUACCUCUUGACAGUCAGGUUAUCGUGAUUCUCCACGAGCUGAUCUUUUGACCACAAUUCCUUUCAGCAACCACCCGUAUCCUUAGUAAUGAAAGCAAAUUCUACUGUAUUUUAAUGUCAUUAAUCCAAAGCUAUUGUAGCAUAACAGCGGAUGGAAGUCAUGUUGUCGAACACUUUGUUGUAUUAUAAAAGAAUGCUAAAGCUGUGUGUACAGUAAUUCGUAUCGGUUAUGAGGUGUCAGGGUUUUGAGUUUGAAGGAUUUUGGUCGCUGAACAGAAAUGUCUCGUAACAUUGUAAAACAUUUUUGAGACUCUUUCAGACUCAAUCUAUGCAUGAUUUUACAUUUGCA